CUGGCAACAAUUUUGGACGCGUGGAGUGAAACGUCACAGAAUGUCAGCCACGUACAAAAUCUGUCAUCGGUGAAGUAGCCUUUCUCGACGAGUUUACGAUUACAUUUCCAAAUUUUUUAUUAUUUCUUCACAUUUAAAAGACAGAAUGGCUGCGAAAUACUUUUCGCUUGUCUUGUUCAUCGCUGCGGCGGUUAUCGCUGAAGAGGAGCCAACAAUUGCGAGGCUACUUGUGUCCAAGCAGGUGCUAAACAAAUACUUGGUGGAGAAUAUGGAUAUUUUAGUUAAAUAUACUCUGUACAACGUUGGGACAGCCCCCGCUGUGGAUGUGAAGCUGGUAGACAAUGGAUUCCACCCUGAAGUAUUCACAGUAGUUGGUGGUCAACUGACGGCACAUAUUGACAGGAUUCCACCACAAACAAAUGUAUCCCAUGUGGUGACUGUGAGAUCUAACAGAUACGGCUAUUUCAACUUCACAGCUGCCGAGAUCACAUACAAAGCAAGUGAAGAUGCUGCAGAGGUUAUGUACUCAAUCAGCAGUGCGCCAGGAGAGGGCGCUAUCGUCGCGUUCAAAGACUACGAUCGCAAAUUCUCCUCCCACUUCCUGGACUGGGCCGCAUUCGCAGUCAUGACCCUCCCCUCCCUAGCCAUCCCGUUCUUCCUGUGGUACUCCUCAAAAAGCAAAUAUGAGAAGCUUUCUAAGCCCAAAAAGAAUCAUUAGUUAGUAUUAGUCCAUUUAUUUAGGUACUUGAAUAAAAGUAAAUUAUAUUGCAAUGACUUUCAAAAAAUACUAUUAAGAAAUAAGUUAUAGUGAAUAGCAAAAGUAAUGCAUUAUAUGCAUUAUUUUUUAUUUCAUUUUGCUUUUUCCUAUAAAGGAAAAUUAAUUUUAUUUUUCAAUAAGAUGUAUCAUGAUUGUUUACUUUUAUUUAAGUACUUAAACCAAUAGACUUAAAUAGGUCAUUGCUAAUGUUGUGUUGUUAUAGGAUAAUGUGCAACAACAUUUUUAAUAAAUAAGUCUUAUAUAACUAAAUACUUGACAAAAAUAUAUAAUAUAUUAAAAAAUCAUCAAGAGAUUCAGCUAUUUUUCUGAACAAAUGUUAUAAAUUGUUGGAUGAAUGCCUAAGGAAAAUAUGAAGGUUGUGUAAAAAUGUUAUUAGCAGUACCUACUAUAAUAUGGAGCAUUAGCAAUGAUAAAAUCUAUCUCAUAAGUUAUCUGUUCAUACAGUUUUGUUAAUAGUAAUUUAUAUGAACAAUAAAAGCUUUUUUAAGAGA